UCACUGAAUAGUCUUCUCCGAUAGCUGAUGAAUUUUCCCGUGAAAGUGCGUUGCGUUUGCAGGUCUUCGCAGGCACACUUUCGGCCACCACGGAUCUGCGAGUCCGACAGACUGAUUGGCUGCAAAAGUGGCGCAGCCCCCAUUUGGAUGUGCACUCGCCUGUCAUCACACCCAACUUGAGCGCUUUUCUUUUCGUCCGCAGUGAACCCAUAACCCACCAGCAACGACAGCCGUCGAAAGCACAGUCAAGCACACCAGCCAGCACUCCACACCUCAACACACCUUCACAUACACAAUGGCAAAAGGACUGCGGUCAAAGUCUAUGCGUCGCAACCGCGCACACCUGAGGACUAUGGUCUUUGGGCCGGCAGAGAAAGCCCGCAUGGAGCGUCUGAAGGAAGCCGCCGUCGCAUCUGUAGCCGAGCAGAAGAAGGAAGAAACCGCAAUGACAGACGCUCCUUCCACCACCGCCACAACAGAAGCAACAACAGAAGAGCGAGGUCGGAUAUCCACAGGCGCGGCAGCCGCCGACUCGACAAAGAUGGAAGUAGAUGGUGCAUCAGGGGCGUCGACGGCGGAGGGAACGCCAAUGACGAAGCAGGAGAAGAUGAAGCUGUUCAUGAGCAGGAACGCUUACAGGAAGAAAAUGAUUGCAAAGGCUAGGAGUGAUGCUAAGAAGCAGAUGAAGUUGAAGAGGAGAUAGCGAGAGCGCAGGAGCUAGUGGAAAGCCUCCUUCCGACAUGGGCGUCGGGGACCGCCAUAUGUAUUCUUUGUUUGUCCGUUUAUAUAUAUAUAUUUAUCUUUUGGGCGCAGACCUUUCCGAGAACUUGAAGCGAGCACAGUAAACC